AUGGCUCUGCAGAAGUACGUGCGGGAGCAGAUCCUGCUGGCCGUGGCGGUCAUCGUGAAGAGAGGAUCUCUGGACAAGUCCAUCAGCUGCAAGAGUGUGCUGCAUGAAGUGGGCCAGCUGAUCAGCAGCGGGAACCCAGCCGCUCAAACUCUGGCCUGCUCCAUCCUCACCGCUCUGCUCAGCGAGUUCUCCAGCUCCAGUAAAACCAGCAGCAUCGGCCUCAGCAUGGAGUUCCAUGGGAGCUGCAAGCGUCUCUUCCAGGAGGACGCUCUCCGGCAGAUCUUUGUCAUGACCAUGGAGGUGCUGCAGGAGUUCAGCCGCAGGAACAACCUGAGUGCACACAUGUCCUCUGUCUUUCAGCGCUACCUGGCUCUGGCCAAUCAGGUGCUCAGCUGGAACUUCCUGCCACCAAACUAUAUCCUUUCUGAGACGAACACGGCAGCCCAUCACACAGGACGUGUGAUGUGUGUCACAAAGUCCUCCUGA